CCAUGGCGGAAGCAGAGGAGCAGGAAACCGAGUCUCUCGAAGAAUCUACAGAUGAGUCUGAGGAAGAAGAAAGUGAAGAGGAGCCCAAACUGAAGUAUGAAAGGCUUUCCAAUGGGGUAACUGAAAUCCUUCAGAAGGAUGCAGCUAGCUGCAUGACAGUCCACGACAAGUUUUUGGCACUGGGCACCCAUUAUGGCAAGGUUUAUUUACUUGAUGUCCAGGGGAACAUCACUCAGAAGUUUGAUGUAAGUCCCGUGAAGAUAAAUCAGAUUAGCCUGGAUGAGAGUGGAGAGCACAUGGGCGUAUGUUCAGAGGAUGGCAAGGUGCAGGUAUUUGGACUGUAUUCUGGAGAAGAAUUUCAUGAGACUUUUGACUGCCCCAUUAAAAUCAUUGCCGUGCACCCGCAUUUCGUGAGAUCCAGCUGCAAGCAGUUUGUGACUGGAGGGAAGAAGUUGCUGCUAUUUGAACGAUCUUGGAUGAGCAGAUGGAAGUCUUCUGUUCUGCACGAAGGGGAAGGGAACAUAAGGAGUGUCAAGUGGAGAGGCCAUCUGAUUGCUUGGGCCAAUAAUAUGGGUGUGAAGAUUUUUGAUAUCACCUCCAAGCAGAGAAUCACCAACGUGCCCCGGGAUGACAUAAGUCUUCGCCCAGAUAUGUAUCCGUGCAGCCUCUGCUGGAAGGACAGCGUGACGCUGAUUAUUGGCUGGGGGACUUCUGUCAAGAUCUGCUCAGUGAAGGAGCGGCAUGCUAGUGAAAUGAGGGACUUGCCAAGUCGAUAUGUUGAAAUAGUGUCUCAGUUUGAAACUGAAUUCUACAUCAGUGGACUUGCACCUCUCUGUGAUCAGCUUGUUGUUCUUUCCUAUGUGAAGGAGGUGUCAGAAAAAACGGAAAGAGAAUACUGUGCCAGGCCAAGACUGGAUAUCAUCCAGCCACUCUCUGAAACCUGUGAAGAGAUCUCUUCUGAUGCUCUGACCGUGAGAGGCUUUCAGGAGAAUGAGUGUAGAGAUUAUCAUUUAGAGUACUCUGAAGGGGAAUCGCUCUUUUACAUCGUGAGUCCAAGAGAUGUUGUGGUAGCCAAGGAACGAGACCAAGAUGACCACAUUGAUUGGCUCCUUGAAAAGAAGAAAUACGAGGAAGCUUUGAUGGCAGCUGAAAUCAGCCAGAAGAACAUUAAAAGACAUAAGAUUCUAGAUAUUGGCUUGGCAUAUAUAAACCACCUGGUGGAGAAAGGAGAGUAUGACAUAGCAGCACGCAAAUGCCAGAAAAUUCUUGGGAAAAAUGCAGUACUCUGGGAGUACGAAGUUUAUAAAUUUAAAGAAAUUGGACAGCUUAAGGCUAUUAGUCCUUACUUGCCAAGAGGAGAUCCGGUUCUGAAACCACUCAUCUAUGAAAUGAUCUUACAUGAAUUUUUGGAAAGUGAUUAUGAGGGUUUUGCCUCUCUGAUCCGAGAAUGGCCUGGAGAUCUGUACAACAAUUCAGUAAUCGUUCAAGCAGUUCGGGAUCACCUGAAGAAAGAUAGUCAGAAUAGGACCUUACUCAAAACCCUGGCAGAACUGUACACCUAUGACAAAAACUAUGUCAAUGCUCUGGAAAUAUACUUAACAUUAAGACACAAGGAUGUUUUCCAGUUGAUCCACAAGCAUAAUCUUUUCAGUUCUAUCAAGGAUAAAAUUGUUUUAUUAAUGGAUUUUGAUUCUGAGAAAGCUGUCGACAUGCUUUUGGACAACGAAGACAAAAUUUCAAUUAAAAAGGUAGUGGAAGAACUAGAAGACAGACCAGAGUUGCAGCACGUGUAUCUGCAUAAGCUUUUCAAGAGAGACCAUCAUAAGGGGCAGCGCUACCAUGAAAAACAGAUCAGCCUUUAUGCUGAAUAUGAUCGAUCAAACUUACUUCCCUUUCUCCGAGAUAGUACCCAUUGCCCCCUUGAAAAGGCUCUUGAGAUCUGUCAACAGAGAAACUUUGUAGAAGAGACGGUUUAUCUUCUGAGCCGAAUGGGUAAUAGCCGAAGUGCCCUGAAGAUGAUCAUGGAGGAAUUACAUGAUGUUGAUAAAGCAAUUGAAUUUGCCAAGGAGCAAGACGAUGGAGAACUCUGGGAAGAUCUGAUUUUAUAUUCCAUCGACAAACCACCAUUUAUUACUGGCUUAUUAAACAACAUCGGCACGCAUGUGGACCCAAUUCUCCUGAUUCACCGUAUUAAGGAAGGGAUGGAGAUCCCCAAUUUGAGAGAUUCCUUGGUUAAAAUUCUGCAAGACUACAAUUUGCAAAUUCUGCUUCGUGAAGGCUGCAAGAAGAUUCUCGUGGCAGACUCUUUGUCCUUACUGAAGAAAAUGCACCGAACUCAAAUGAAAGGCGUUCUGGUCGAUGAGGAGAACAUCUGUGAAUUGUGCCUUUCCCCUAUUCUUCCAUCAGAUGCCGCCAAGCCCUUCAGCGUGCUGGUCUUCCACUGCCGCCACAUGUUCCACAAGGAGUGCCUGCCCGGGCCCAGCACAGUGAGUUGGCCGCCUGGCAGCCCGACGCCACAGAGCUCGCUGCAGUCAGGAGGACGCACUCAGAAGUGUCCCCAUCGUCCUGUGGCUUCUCAGGAUUCGUUGUCUAGCACAUGAGGGAAAUGAAAGUAUUUUUCAAAUGCGUCAUUUCCUGUCCAGUAGCCCCCCCCCAUCCGUGGUGUCCAUUACCGUGACAGUCGUGCUCUGCAAACACAUGAUCCUCUUCCUGACCAACGGCCAGGUCGUCUGGAGUGGCCGCACUGAGCUCACCUGCCUCCCUCCUUCCCUCCCUCCCUCCCUCCCUCCCUCUCAGCACGCAUGCCUCUCCUCUCUCACCACAAGAGGGGGUCCGGCAGGAGCCAGACAAACCACAGCCGCAGAACCUCUGUCACAGUAUGGGGGGGGGGGGUCACAACUGUCCAGUAAUCUCUUCCUGGGCCUCAUUUCUCGUACGUAGGUCUGCAUAGAGAAAGCCGAGCAUAUUUAGGGCUUGGUACUGUCUGGGGUUUCAGGCAGCCACUGGGGGGCCUUGGAACUUACUCCCCAAGGAUAUAGGGGGGUUACUGUGCUGAACAUCAUAAAAGCCUACUCACCAAGGGAAUUCGUUUAGGUAAAACCGAUGACUGUCAAGCUAUGCUGACAUGACAUACAGUGAGAACCAGUUUGUAGAACUUUCUCAACCUGAGUUCUGCAGCAGGACACUGCUGUUUUUAGGGUCCUGUUCCCGUGUCCCCCCAGGACACGUGUUUUGCUUUGGGGUAUCCUCUGCAUCACAGUAACAGCUGGUGUAGACAGAAUCCUGUGUGACCCAGCAAAACCUCCGGGAGGAGGAGUGGUGGUUCAUAGCUCCCUGCCCCCACCGCUGCUCCCAUAAAGUAUUUCUGAACAGGAGAGUAGAAAGCGCUCUCUUUUUAAAAAUCUGUGUCUGUGAAUGACCUUUGCAGAACUCUCCUGCGCAGUUCUGCGGCAUCUGCAGCGCCAAGCACCGCGGGCCAGGAAGCGCCAUUU